AUGGUCCAUUUGGCUGUUCACUUGCCACGUGAAGCCAUGCUUGCUGGCCCUGUGCAAUAUCGGUGGAUGUAUCCGAUCGAAAAGUUUCUUGGAACACUAAAGGGGUACGUUACCAAUCGAGCUAGGCCAGAAGGUUCAAUUGCAGAGGCUUACAUUGCUAAAGAGUGUCUUACUUUUUGUUCAAUGUAUCUGAAAGGAGUUGUUCGAGAAGAACGAAAUGUUGAUUGUGAAUUUUCAAAAUGGUUCAAACAACAUAUAAAUCAUUUGCGAACUAUCGGGUCACCAAGGGCAACUGAUGAAUUGUGGUCAUUAGCAAAUGGUCCAGAUAUAUUAGUUCAUCUCUAUGAAGGAUGCAUUUGUAAUGGCGUUCGGUUCCACACUAAAGAUCGCGACAACCGUCGUAAGAGUCAAAAUAGUGGUUUGGUUGUGGAAGGGGAUCACGAUGGAAAAACAAUUGACUUUUACGGUUACUUAUGCAAAGUCUGGGAGCUGAAAUAUUUGCAUGGGGUUAAGGUUGUUCUGUUCCAAUGUGAGUGGUUCAACACUGGCGGUAAAAAUAGAAUACAUAAAGAUACACAUAUCACAAGUAUUGAUGUUAGGGGUCGUUGGUAUCAAAACGAUCCAUUUGUGCUACCAGAGCAUGUGAAGCAAGUAUUUUACAUUGAUGAUACCAAAUUGGGUGCUCAUUGGAAAGUCGUAGAACGGGUUCAACACAUGAGUGUGUGGGAUGUACCGGAACAAGUCCAUGAUGAUAUGCUUAAUGAUGCAUUUCAACAAGUUGAAACCACUGUCGCUGUUCCAAUUCUCGUCGAGCCUACUACAAAUUAUCCUUAUUAUAGGGAUGAUAUUGGUCCCAAUAUCAUUCCCAGUGCUGACCUAAAUACAGAGUAUGAAGUUGACAAUGAUCAGAGAAUGGAAGAGUAUGGCGAUGAUGAAGAAGAUAAUCUGCAUAAUCAGGCUGACUUAGAAAUAGACCCUGAUAUUGAUUAUGAUGUGUAG